AUGGGUCUCUUGGUACUUGGAACACCGUUAGAUUGGCCUGAAUCAGAAAAAUUUCAUGAUUACGUUCGCGAAAAUGGAAUCAAACAAUUCUUGCAUAUGUAUGAUAAUUUCAUCUCAAAAAAGCAAGAUAUACUGUUGUGGGGAGACGAAAUUGAGUACAUAGUUGUUUCGAUGAAUGACAAUCAGAAAACAGCACGCGUUAGUCUUCGACAAGAACAAAUUCUGAAAGCUCUUGGUGACUACGAAGAACGCUUCAAGCAUAUCGACUUUUCACCCAUUUAUGCUGUUUUAAAGAACACAAGAUGUUCCAAGCGGGCGGAUGCAAUUUUAAGCGAAGCGGCUGCUAAUCCCUCAACAUUUACAGAGCGUUUGGUCAAGGAAAACCCUUCUCUUGCAUCUAAUAAUGAAGCUAUCCCUUUUAGAGCCCAAUUCGUUGUCCCUACAUUUCAUCCGGAAUAUGGAAGAUAUAUGCUUGAAAGCACUCCGGGCGCUCCUUACGGAUCUGUUUUGAAGGAUUUUUUGUUUGUAGAAUGCAAUAUGCUCUUAAGAAGGAAAAUUAUUGAGAAUCAAUUACUUCCUCAUGAGCAUCCCCUUACAAUUACGAAUUUUUUACGUUUGGGCACAAACCAUUUUACAGAUCCCGAAACGAAAGCCGAUGGCCAAACUUCAAGGUCUUUCUUCUUACCAGACGAUAUCAUCAAUACGCAUGUACGAUUUCCCACUUUGACCGCAAACAUUCGUCAACGACGUCAAAGGAAGGUUGCUAUGAAUGUUCCAAUUUUCUUUGAUAAGAAUACACCCAAACCUUUUCGGGACCCCACAGUACCCUGGGACAGAGAUUUAUAUCCAGAAGACAAAAAUGCAAAAGAAGGUGCCGCGUUGGAAGACCACAUUUACAUGGACAGCAUGGGUUUCGGUAUGGGUUGCUGUUGCUUACAACUUACAUUCCAAGCAAAAGAUUGUGAUGAAGCUCGUUUAUUGUAUGAUCAGCUUACCCCGAUAACACCCUUAAUGCUUGGUAUAUCUGCCGGUACGCCAGCUUUUCGAGGCUAUUUGGCCGAACAGGAUUGUCGAUGGAGUGUUAUUGCCGGUGCAGUCGACGAUCGUACAAAGUCCGAAAUGGAAUCCGUUCCAAAAUCUAGGUAUGACUCUGUUGAUAUGUAUAUCUCAAACGAUCCUCGUAAUCUCCCAGAAUACAAUGACGUUCCUGUAGUCUCAAACGAGGGUUGCUAUGAACAGUUAAUAAAAGGAGGAAUUGACGAAAAGUUGUCAAAGCAUAUGGCUCAUAUAUUUGCACGCGAUCCUUUGGUUAUUUUCAGUGACAACAUUCAGCAAGACAACAGUACUUCUAAUGGCCAUUUUGAAAAUUUGAACUCUACCAACUGGCAAUCCAUGCGUUUUAAGCCCCCUCCACUCAACAGCUCAAUUGGUUGGCGUGUUGAAUUCCGAUCAAUGGAAAUCCAAUUUACAGAAUUUGAAAAUGCUGCUUAUUCUGUGUUUGUUGUCAUGCUUUCCAGAGCUAUUCUCUCUUUUGAUCUGAAUUUUUAUAUGCCUAUUUCCUUGGUUGAUGAAAAUAUGGUGAAUGCCCAGGCUCGCGAUGCAAUUCAUCGGAAGAAGUUUUGGUUCAGGUGCAAUCCAUUUUCUAACGCUGAAAAUCCUCUGGAACGUGGUCAAUGUCGGCAAUUAACUUUAGACCAAAUAUUUAAUGGAGAACAAACUGAAAAUGGAUUCCCCGGGUUGGUACAAAUAGUUCGCAGUUAUCUGUAUACCUGUAAUCCCGAUGCUGAAACGUUGUGUUCAUUAGAUCGUUAUCUUCGUUUGGUUUCAAAACGUGCAAGUGGAAAAUGUUUAACUGAGGCAUCUUGGAUUCGCAAUUUCAUAACGACCCAUCCUCUUUACAAGCAAGACAGUGUGGUUUCGCCUGAGAUUAAUUAUGACUUGAUAAAGCGGAUAACAAGCAUCAUCAAUGGUGAAAGGAAUGAAAGUCUCUUUAAUGAUUGUCGCUGCUAA